GGUCUGAAGAAGAAGUUCCAGUGUGUGUUUGAGGGAAUCGCUAAAGCAGGAAGUCCAACCCUUCUUAACCAGAUCUACACAGAGCUCUACAUCACAGAGGGAGGGACUGGAGAGGUCAAUGAUGAACAUGAGGUCCGGCAGAUUGAAACAGCAUCCAGGAAACCACAUAGACUAGAAACAACAAUCCGACAAGAAGAGAUCUUUAAAGUCCCACAAGGAAGAAAUCAACCAAUCAGAACAGUGAUGACAAAGGGAGUGGCUGGCAUUGGGAAAACAGUCUUAACACAGAAGUUCACUCUGGACUGGGCUGAAGACAAAGCCCACCAGAACAUCCAGUUCAUAUUUCCAUUCACUUUCAGAGAGCUGAAUGUGCUGAAAGAGAAAAAGUUCAGCUUGGUGGAACUGAUUCAUCACUUCUUUACCGAAACCAAAGAAAUCUGCAGCUUUGAGCACUUUCAGGUUCUGUUCAUCUUUGAUGGCCUGGAUGAGAGUCGACUUCCUCUGGACUUCCACAACAAGGAGAUCCUGACUGAUGCUACAGAGUCCACCUCAGUGGAUGUUCUGCUGACGAACCUCAUCAGGGGCAAACUGCUUCCCUCUGCUCUCCUCUGGAUAACCACACGACCUGCAGCAGCCAAUCAGAUCCCACCUGAGUGUGUUGGCAUGGUAACAGAGGUCAGAGGGUUCACUGACCCACAAAAGGAGGAGUACUUCAGGAAGAGAUUCAGAGAGACAAAAGAGGCCAGCAGGAUCAUCUCCCACAUGAAGACAUCACGAAGCCUCCACAUCAUGUGCCACAUCCCAGUCUUCUGCUGGAUCACUGCUACAGUUCUGGAGGAUGUGAUGGAGAUCAGAGAGGGAGGAAAGCUGCCUAACACCCUGACUGAGAUGUACAUCCACUUCCUGGUAGUUCAGACCAAAGUGAAGACAGUCAAGUAUGAUGAAGGAGCAGAAACAGAUCCACACUGGAGUCCAGAGAGCAGGAAGAUGAUUGAGUCUCUGGGAAAAUUGGCUUUUGAUCAGCUACAGAAAGGAAACCUGAUCUUCUAUGAAUCAGACCUGACAGAGUGUGGCAUCGAUAUCAGAGCAGCCUCAGUGUACUCAGGAGUGUUCACACAGAUCUUUAGAGAGGAGCGAGGGCUGUACCAGGACAAGGUGUUCUGCUUCGUCCAUCUGAGUGUUCAGGAGUUUCUGGCUGCUCUUCAUGUCCAUCUGACAUUCACCAAGUUCAGUGUAAAUCUCAUGUCUGAUAGACACAAAGCCUUCAAGAUAUCUUCGUUGUUUAAAAAGCAACCUAAAAGGCAAAAUCUUUAUCGGAAUGCCAUUGACCAGGCCUUAAAGAGUCCAAAUGGACACCUGGACUUGUUCCUCCGUUUUCUGCUGGGACUCUCACUGCAGACCAAUCAGAGACUCCUUAAAGGUCUGCUGACACCGACAGGAAGUAGCUCACAGACCAAUCAUGAAACAGUUCAGUACAUCAAGAAAAAGAUCAAUGAGAAUGUGUCUGCAGAGAAAAGCAUCAAUCUGUUCCACUGUCUGAAUGAACUGAAUGAUCGUUCUCUAGUGGAGGAGAUCCAACAGUCUCUGAGUUCAGGAAGUCUCUCAACAGAUAAACUGUCUCCUGCUCAGUGGUCAGCUCUGAUCUUCAUCUUACUGUCGUCAGGAAAAGAUCUGGAUGUGUUUGAUCUGAAGAAAUACUCUGCUUCAGAGGAGGAUCUUCUGAGGCUGCUGCCAGUGGUCAAAGCCUCCAGCAAAGCUCUGCUGAGUGAUUGUAACCUCUCAGAGAGAAGUCUUGGAGCUCUGUCUUCAGUUCUCAGCUCCCAGUCCUCCAGUCUCAGAGAACUGGACCUAAGUAACAACAACCUCCAGGAUUCAGGAGUGAAGUUUUUAUCUGCUGGACUGGAGAGUCCAAACUGCAACCUGGAAAUUCUCAAAUUGUCAGGCUGCUUGAUCUCAGAGGAAGGUUGUGCUUCUCUGGCCUCAGCUCUGACCUUUAACCCCUCCCAUCUCAAAGAGUUGGACCUGAGCUACAAUCAUCCAGGAGACUCAGGAGUGAAGCUGCUAUCGGCUGGACAGAAGGAUCCACACUGGAGACUGGAAACUCUCAGGGUGGAACCUGCUGGAGUCCGAUGGUUGACACCAGGUCUGAGGAAAUAUUCCUGUCAACUCACUGUUGACACAAACACAAUGAACAGAAAUCUCCAACUGUCUAAAGAUAACAGGAAGGUGACACAUGUGGAGGAGCUUCAGUCAUAUCCUGAUAAUCCAGACAGAUUUGAUUACAGGCAUCCUCAGCUGCUCUGUGAAACUGGUCUGACUGGUCGCUGUUACUGGGAGGUCGAGUGGAGAGGGGUUGUUUAUUUAUCAGUGAGUUACAGAGGAAUCAAGAGGAGGGGAUGCAGUGAAGACUGUAUGUUUGGAGGAAAUGAUAAGUCCUGGAGUCUGAGAUGCUCUGAUCAUCAUGGUUACUCUGUGUGGCACAAUAACAUAAAAGCACCCAUAUCCUCCUCCUCCUCUGUCUCUAACAGAGUAGCAGUGUAUGUGGACUGUCCUGCUGGCAUUUUGUCCUUCUACACCAUCUCCUCUGACUCACUGAUCCACCUCCACACCUUCAACACCACAUUCACUGAACCUCUACUUCCUGGAUUUAGAGUUUGGUUUUCUGGUUCCUCUGUGUGUCUGUGCUGAGUUGAGUCUCCUCCU